AUGCAUCUAUUGAAGGAUGUGUUUGAAGAUGAUCUAAUUUGCUCCUCCGGGUGGACGGCCCGCGAGGCUGCAUCCACCGAGAAGGAGGCAAUCCGUAUCCGAGAGAAGAAGUUCGAUUUCGUGCUCUUCGCCUACUUUGCGCUUUGGUACCUCGGGAACUACUACUACAACAUUACCAACAAGUCGGGGCGAGCAUUGCAAGCGGCUGGGGGGACGGCCGGCUUCCCCAUGACCAUCGCCACCAUGCAGGCGAAAAUGGGCGGGACUAGCCCGACGGGACCUGGGGCGAUCUCGCAGGUGGUGUGGGUGAGUUACGUUGUGCCUGGUGUGCAGAUAAAGCAGGGUGCCAUUGGAUAA